AUGCAACAAAACGUUCACUUGCUGAAUGCAGAAUUCGAUAAGCGUAAAUAUAAGUGUGCGAAUAUAAAUGCCAUAUUGUGUAUUUCAUUCGCUACGGUGUUUAACGCCAACUCAAAACUACUACUGGCUUUAAGAAAGCUAAUACAAAUUCCACUCCUAAUGAAGUCUUUGGUUUUACCGACGUUCUACAUCUCAAUGAUGAUGGUGAUUUCAUUUACUGAAGAACAAACAUCCAAUAAGAAGAAUAACGUUUUUAGAUUGCCAUAUUCUCACGUGAAGACGCAAUAUUGCAAUAUGCUAUGGUAUAGACUCGGCAUUCAAUGUUCGGAAUACCUUUACAAGUAUGAUGAUAAAACUGUACAGGCUGUGAAAGAAUUUAUAAAUAAUCUACAGAAUAGGAGAAAGAAUGAUUAGAAAACAGAUUCUGUCAAUCGCUGAACACACUAUCAUGGUAACAGGGAUGAAAUACACACGGCUAAAUGGCUACUACCCCACUAUAAUAUUGACUAUUAUCUGACAGGCGCAUAUUUUCAUUUAAG